CGCGGUGAGCACGAAUGUCAGCACGCGUAAAACUCUUUCGCUACUUACGAAAAUAAACGUCCGAAUCCAUUUUAUCGCGAUAUGAUGAAUAGUGCCUUCUUUGCCGCUUUGUUUUUUAUCGCCUAUUCGCUGAUUGAGUGCUAUUAUAUCGAGGAUAAUAAGCCCAGAUAUUUGACCGCCGCUGUCGGGGAAUCCGUCGUUUUCAAUUGUGAAAUAGACUUCCCGCAGAGUUUCCCCAUACCUUACAAGUUAUUUUGGAAGAAAAAGGAUAAAGUGAUAUACUCCUGGCAAGAUGGUAGAGUAACAGAAGAUGAUGAGUAUCUAGGGAGGAUUGUUCUAGUCGAUAGGAACGUACAUCGAACAUACGGGAUAGCAUCGAUAAACAUAACGUCAGUAAGAGAAACUGAUGCAGGAUGGUUCGAAUGCAGAACGCUUUUCCCCAAUAGAACACCCCCGUGGAGGAACAACGGAACUUGGUUCCAUCUCACCGUCAGCGGCGGAAAUUUAUUAGCCAUACCUCCCAUGAACAAAACGGUAAUGGAAGGAGACGAGGCCGAGUUCACCUGCCUCACGAAGGACUUCGAAAUCAGAGUGAAGUGGUUCAAGGACGGCAUCCCCAUCGCCGAAUACCAUGAUUUGAUCAACAGAUCCUGGGUGACCAAAGACAAUUCUCUUAUAAUCCGUCCCACCGACUCCGGCGACACCGGAGAAUACGAAUGCGAGGCUUACAAUUACGACAACGAGCGCCAGACCGCGCGGGCCUACCUGAACGUACAGUAUAAGGCGAAAGUGGUGUACGCCCCGCCGGAGAUCCAUCUACCUUUCGGCCAACCGGCCAUCAUCGAUUGCCACUAUCGCGCCAAUCCCAACCUAACGACCCUCCGAUGGGACAAAGACGGCUUCCUCUUCGAUCCCUACAACGUGCCAGGCGUCUUCUACAAGAAAAACGGAAGUUUGUACAUCAACAGAGUAGAUGACUCGCACAAUGGCAUUUACACUUGCACCCCGUACAACGACUUGGGCUCCGCUGGAGCCUCCACCAACAUGCACGUUAUAGUGCAGACAACUCCGAAAUUUUUAAAAAUACCCGAUAACUUAUACCUGCGACAAUUAGGCGAAACCGUGGAAAUGACCUGCGAUGCGACAGACGGCGAAGACGGGCACAAGCCAAUGAUAAUAUGGUACAAGAAAAACGGCUCUCCUCUUCCUAUCAACCGCUAUUCGAUUAAAGACGGCAACCUGACCAUCACCAACAUUCAAAGCGACGAUAGAGGAGUCUACCAAUGUGCAGCAUCCAACAAAGCCGCUACUAUAACAGUAGAAACUGAGCUGCUGGUACAGAACAUACCAUCGAGUGCACCGUAUAAUCUUUCAGCCGUGUCCUCGCCAACGUCCGUUCAUUUGAGCUGGCUACUCAACAGACAUCGGACCAACACGGAAUUCAGCGUUUGGUAUAAAAGCAGAGAGAGCACCGAAUGGAAAACCUACCUGGUACCUUCAGACGCCAUGGAGGCGACCAUAAGAAACUUACACCCAGAUACGCCUUAUGAGUUCAUGGUGCUGGUCAAAGGCGACGAUGGCGUUGGGGAAAGCAAAUCGAUAGUGGUGUGGACUAAAGAGCUCGAAGAUGAUAUCAAGCCGAUAAUGACCAGCGGAAAAUAUCCACUGGUGGGCUUUCCCAGGAACGUUUCUGUUCGUACCACGGAUUCGGGGCUCCUGGUCACCUGGCAGCGGCCCGAGUACGGGCUGGAAUACCUGAAGAAAUACGUCGUCAGAUGGUCCAAAAUUACUGAUGAGUAUAUUUUUGGAUCGGCUGAUACAAUCAACACAUCUUUUUUAAUUACUAAUUUAUUGGACGGUGAAGACUACGCCAUCGAUGUGGUGGCCGUGUCUUUGGACGACCAGCAAUCAGUGAGUUCGAAAGUAAGGGGUUCGUUUCCCGGAUACAAAAGUAUUAAAGCUGUAGCUACUGGUAUAAUUGCAGGGUUGGCGUUCUUAGCGGUCGCUUUCGUAGCCGUUUAUUUUAUCAAGAAAAAGUGGCAUCGGCCGUAUCCGCAACCCUGCGUGAAAAACUAGUUGUGAUUUCUAUUUUUUCCGGGUACUUUAACGCAGUAAAAUGAGUUUUAUGGCGGUGUAUAUGUAUGUUUAUAAUGCUUAAUAGUCUGUAUUGUUAAAAUUCCGAUGGUAAUUACCAAUUACUGUAUCUUUUCUCGUUGAUAAGCACAAUUUUUCAACACCAUAUGGGAACAAAUUUAUUUAUUUUUGAAGUAAACGUGGUUAAAAAUGUAAUAAA